GGAGAGGAGAGGAGAGGCGCGUGCUGAUUUCCACCUUUGUCAAAAUCAGACCGGAGGACUGACACGGGUCGGAGGAGAACGACAGGAUCCUAUAAAUUGUUUCGAUUGGACGUGAAUUCUUCUGACGGCACCCCGCAAUGGAUCUGGACAAAACGGAAAAGUUGGCCACAGCCAAACUCGAUCAAAAUGGAGAUUUCAAUGUAACCAAAAAGAAAGGAAAGAAGAAAGAAAAAGAACCAAAGUUGCCUGUGGUUGGUCCCAUUGAUGUGUUCAGGUUUGCAGAUGGCUUGGACAUUGUGUAUAUCCUGGCUGGGACAGUCUGUGCCAUUUGCCACGGUAUAGUGCUUCCUCUUAUGUGUAUUGUGUUUGGGGACAUGACAGACAGCUUUAUAGCGGACUCCAUGAUGGGACAAAUCAAUACCACUCUCCCCAAUGUCACCCACAUACCGAGUAACAGCACCCUACAGGAGGACAUGACAACGUAUGCCAUCUACUACUCCAUCAUGGGUUUUGCCGUGGUGGUGGUAGCCUACGGGCAGGUGGCUUUAUGGAGCCUUGCAGCCGGACGGCAGGGCACACGCAUCCGCAAGCUGUUUUUCCACCGAAUCAUGCAGCAGGACAUCGGCUGGUUCGAUGUCACUGAAAUAACAGAACUCAACACACGUCUCACAGAUGAUGUCUAUAAGAUCCAAGAGGGUAUUGGUGACAAGGCGGGGAAGCUUAUCCAGGCCUUCUCCAGCUUCGUCACUGCCUUCACCAUCGGCUUCAUCAAAGGCUGGAAACUCACUCUAGUCAUCCUGGCUGUGAGCCCUGCGCUGGGCAUUUCAGCCGGUCUUUUCUCUAAGGUGCUGGCGUCUUUCACUUCUAAAGAGCAGGCUGCAUAUGCCAAAGCUGGAGCUGUGGCAGAAGAGGUGCUCUCUGCUAUCAGGACAGUGUUUGCCUUCAGUGGGCAGGACAGAGAAAUCAAGAGAUAUAAUAAGAACUUGGAGGAUGCAAAGAACAUGGGAAUAAAGAAGGCAGCAUCUGCUAACCUUUCCAUGGGCUUCUGCUUCCUGAUGAUCUACCUGUCCUAUGCUCUGGCCUUCUGGUACGGAAGUACACUCGUUCUGAGUAAGGAGUACACCAUUGGAACUGUACUCACUGUGUUCUUUGUUGUGCUUAUUGGAGCGUUCAUUUUGGGACAAACUUCUCCGAACUUGCAGACCUUUUCCAGCGCCCAAGGAGCUGCAUAUAAAGUGUACAGCAUUAUUGAUCAUACACCGAUCAUCGACAGCUAUUCAAAGGCUGGCUUCAAGCCUGAUUUCCUCACAGGAGACAUAGAGUUCAAGAAUAUCCACUUCAGCUACCCCUCCAGGCCAGACGUCAAAAUAUUAAAUAACCUUUCUCUGAGCGUGAAAAGUGGACAAACCAUUGCCUUGGUGGGUAGUAGUGGCUGUGGUAAAAGCACCACAAUCCAGCUGCUGCAGAGGUUCUACGAUCCUCAGGAAGGAUCUGUAACUGUUGACGGUCACGACAUCCGUAGUCUUAACGUCCGCUACCUGAGAGAGAUGAUCGGAGUGGUGAGUCAGGAGCCCAUCCUCUUUGCCACCACCAUCACUGAGAACAUCAAAUAUGGCCGACCUGACGUGACGCAGUGGGACAUCGAACAAGCUGCCAAGGAGGCUAACGCCUACGAUUUCAUCAUGGACCUUCCUGAGAAGUUUGAGACAAUGGUCGGAGACCGAGGGACUCAAAUGAGUGGAGGACAGAAGCAGAGGAUUGCGAUUGCUCGAGCUCUAGUCCGCAACCCUAAAUUCCUUUUAUUGGAUGAAGCCACAUCUGCUCUUGAUGCUGAGAGCGAGACUAUUGUGCAAGCAGCACUCGACAAGGUCCGACUGGGUCGUACCACCAUAAUUGUUGCCCAUCGCCUCUCAACCAUCAGAAAUGCUGACGUCAUCGCUGGCUUUCAGAAUGGUAAAGUUGUAGAGCUGGGGACACACAGCCAACUGAUGAAGGAACAGGGAGUCUACCAUACACUGGUCACCAUGCAGACUUUUCAGAAUGACAAAGACGGGAAGGAGGCAGAGUGGGAGAUUUCUGCGGAUGAUAAGAGCCCUUUAGUCAAGUCCCUCUCUCAGUCUUCUCUGCACAGGAAGAAGUCCAUAAGAGGUUCCUCCUUUGCUGCCUCAGAGAGAGAAAAAGAGGUGCAAAAGCUCCCGGAUCACACAACAGAAGAAGAUGGAAUUGUUCCCUCCAUCCCGUUCCUUAAAUUGAUGCGUCUCAACCUUCCAGAGUGGCCGUACAUUCUUGUGGGGACCAUCUGUGCUAUCAUUAAUGGAGCAAUGCAGCCACUGUUUGCCAUCAUCUUCUCCAAGAUCAUCACUGUGUUUGCACAUCCCGAUCAAGCGGUUGUCAACCAAAGAGCCACAUUCUUUUCUCUGAUGUUUGUUGUUAUUGGAGCUGUAACCUUUGUCACCAUGUUCCUACAGGGUUUCUGUUUUGGGAAAUCUGGAGAGAUUCUGACCCUCAAACUAAGACUGGGGGCCUUUAAGGCCAUGAUGAGACAGGACCUCAGCUGGUUUGACCACCCCAAAAACAGUGUUGGAGCCCUCACUACAAGACUGGCCACAGAUGCAGCUCAAGUACAAGGGGCUACAGGAGUACGAAUGGCCAUGCUGGCCCAGAACAUAGCUAACAUGGGCACCAGUGUGAUCAUUUCUUUUGUGUACGGAUGGGAACUGACUCUGCUCGUCCUGGCUGUGGUGCCCAUAAUGGCCCUGGCUGGAGCUGUGGAGAUGAAAGCGCUCACUGGAAACGCUGCUAAGGACAAGAAGGAGCUGGAGAAGUCUGGAAAGAUUGCUACAGAGGCCAUCGAGAAUAUCCGUACUGUUGUCUCUCUUAACAGAGAACCCAAGUUUGAGGCUUUGUAUCAGGAAAACCUCAAAAUCCCAUUCAAGAACUCACAGAAAAAUGCCCAUGUGCAUGGCAUUACCUUCUCCUUAACCCAGGCCAUGCUCUACUUUGCUUAUGCAGGCUGUUUCCGCUUUGGAGCUUGGCUAAUUGAGGAAGGAAGGAUGGAUAUUGAGGGAGUAUUCCUCGUGAUUUCGGCUAUUCUGUACGGUGCCAUGGCUCUCGGAGAAGCCAAUUCCUUUUCUCCAAACUAUGCUAAGGCCAAAAUCUCAGCUUCACACCUCAUGAUGCUGCUGGACAAAGAGCCCGCCAUUGACAAUCUUUCACAAGCGGGAGAGUCACCGGACAAAUUUGAUGGUAAUGUACACUUUGACAGUGUUAAGUUUAACUACCCUUCACGCCCUGAUGUGCCCAUCCUCCAAGGGAUGAACCUGAAGGUGAAAAAGGGAGAGACUCUGGCCUUAGUGGGGAGCAGCGGCUGUGGAAAGAGCACCACCAUCCAGCUGCUAGAGAGGUUCUACGAUCCCAGGGAGGGGAGAGUGCUGCUGGACAAUAUAGAUGCAAAACAGCUGAACAUCCACUGGUUGAGAUCCCAGAUAGGCAUCGUAUCCCAGGAGCCUGUGCUGUUUGACUGCACCUUGGCCGAAAACAUCGCCUAUGGAGACAACAGCCGCACUGCAACCCUGGAGGAGAUAAAGGAAGCUGCUACAGCGGCCAACAUUCACAGCUUCAUAGAAAGCCUGCCACAGAAGUACGACACUCAGGCAGGUGAUAAGGGAGCGCAGCUGUCAGGUGGCCAGAAGCAGCGUAUAGCCAUAGCCCGAGCCAUACUCCGCAACCCGAAAUUGUUGCUCCUGGACGAGGCCACCUCUGCACUUGACACUGAGAGUGAGAAGGUGGUUCAGGAUGCGUUGGACGAGGCCAGUAAGGGCAGGACGUGUAUCAUUGUGGCCCACCGUCUGUCCACCAUCCAAAACGCAGACCGGAUUGCUGUCUUCCAGGGAGGAGUGGUGGUUGAAGAGGGGACACAUCAACAGCUGCUGGCCAAAAAGGGAGUCUACCACAUGCUGGUCACCACACAGAUGGGCCACGGGAGGGAAUAAGGUUGCAGAGAGAGGACAUAAGGAGGAGUCCUACUGUAAACAGAUUGUUUACAAUCCUUUUGUUUCCUUGCCCAGCUCUAGUGUUACUGUUGUGGUCUGAAUGUGGUCUCGCUUGUUAGGAGAUUUCCUCAGGGACCUUUCAGCCUUGUGAGAAUAUGCGUUGCAGCUGUACCUCUUUAAGUCACAUUUGUUCUUGAUCAGAUAAGACACAUUUCAGUAAAAAGGCCAGUACCACAAUAGUGCACCACUGUUCAUUAGUUGUCACUUUUAAGGCCCUUUUUCACAAAUGCUAUUGACAUGUGCCAAUAGCAGAGGCACAGGUGUACAUAAUAAAGUGAUUAAAUUCCAAUCAGCUGCUUCCGUUCUAGGCUCCUGGUAUUGUGCAUACUGGCUCGUUGUCAUUGGAAACUUCAAUGUUAUUGGUAUUACCACCUGUCAUUUUCCUACGAUCACAAGUCAAAAUGUCAGCUUAAAAAAAGGCAUAUUGUAUUUAACCCUCUGUUUCUCUUCCUUGUUUCUUCCAAGCUUGUGCCUCGUACACUGGGACUCAUUAGUUCUUGAUUUUAGGCGUUAUCUUCCAUUAUCUGCUAAAUACUUGGGACAUAUGUUAAGUGAUCAAAGCUUACAAUACACUGGAUUUACACUGGAGUAUACCUCUGAAACUGGUCUCAUCGUCACAAAUUGUUUAUGCUCUACAGUUUGUGUGUUUGAGCACACUCUUUGAUAAUCACUUUGAUUAUCAUGAUGCAGCUUUUUUUUUUAACAGUUUGAGUUAAUAAUGGAAUCAAAGUGCCUAAACACAAAAUAUUGUAUACACAUGGUUGUGCAGAUUUGUUUUUUUUAUUGUCACACACUGGUUGCAAUCACUAGGAAUCCUAUUUGUCCUGUUUUCACAAAUUCAAGGAAUUACAAAUUGUUUUGUAGAAUAUGCUUGUAUGUAACCAAUCCAUUUCUUUAUGUUCUGUUA